AUGAAAAUCAAAUUAGUAUAUUUUUCCUUAAGUAUCAGAAAUGAAGAUAAUGUGACUUCUGUGAAUAUUCAUGAACAAGAAGAUGGAAGUGCUGUGGGGAUUUCUGGGAUCCUUGAAGAAGGUCCGGAGUCGAUAUCCUCGAUGAUCAAUCCUAUUCGAGAAGAUGCUGAUUUUGAAUCGAUAAGUAGAAAUGAAGAGAUCGUGACUUCUGUGAUUAAUCAUGAACAAGAAGAUGGAGGUGCUGUGGGGAUUUCUGGGAUCCUUGAAGAAGGUCCGGAGUCGAUAUCCUCGAUGAUCAAUCCUAUUCGAGAAGAUGCUGAUUUUGAAUCGAUGGGUAGAAAUGAAGAGAUUGUGACUUCUGUGAUUAAUCAUGAACAAGAUGAUGGAGAGGAUGAUCUCCAUGUUUUACCAUUUUUGGACGAAAGUUUUAUAGAUGAAGAAGUUGUAAUCGAUAUCUCCAUUGCAGCUGAUAGCUCUGUAACUUUACCAAUAUCAGUUAAUAACAUUCAAUUCUCAUAUUUAAAUGUAGAACAGCAUAUAAUUUUAUUCUUUCCCAAAAAAAACACUAAGUCAUUGUACGGCAAGAGGUACAUUAUUAAAUAUGCAGUUUACAUUGACACAUAUUCACAACCAUCAUUCUGA